ACAGCAGAAUAAGAUCUGAGUGGAGUGAGUAGUCGUGAGCUCAUUUCAGCACAUUUGUGAUUCAUCUGCUGUGGUUUGUGAUGUCAUAAUCAUGAAUGCUCCUCGACAUCUUUUGCGGAUCCAAUGUAUUGGGUGCGUUGCACGUUUUUUGGGGAAACCUGUGAAGCGAUUGGUUCUACCUGCUGGAGCACAUCUGCAAACCCCUGGAUCACAGCACAACUACGGCCAGCUUCUGAGGCCAUUCCACCACAGCGCAGUGUGCUCCACGAGUCGUCCAAGUCAGACACAGCUUGAAAUCACAGCUGAUGAUGAGAUGCUUAAUAAAGACAAAAGUUUAGUCACACAUGAUGAUUUAUUUGAUCGAGCUGCUAGAGACUCAAAGACCAAGGCUGAUUUUAACAGGGUUGUGGAUGUUUUCAGCAAGAAGGACAUUCGACGAAGAGGCCAUGUGGAGUUUAUUUAUGCUGCUCUGAAGAAGAUGCCAGAAUUUGGAGUAGAACAAGACAUUACGGUGUACAACAAACUCCUGGAUGUGUUUCCAAAAGAGGUGUUUGUUCCACGUAACUUCAUUCAGAGGAUGUUUAACCACUACCCACGGCAGCAAGAGUGUGGAGUACAGCUGCUGGAGCAGAUGGAGAACUAUGGUCUCAUGCCGAAUGUAGAGACCAAGGUAUUGCUGGCUCAGAUAUUUGGGGAAAAGAGUCAUCCGAUGAGGAAGUACCAGCGUAUCAUGUACUGGUUUCCCAAAUUCAAGCACGCAAACCCCUUCCCCGUCCCACAUGUGCUCCCCAGUGACCCAGUAGAGCUCGCUCGAUUCAGUCUUACCCGGAUUGCAGAUGACCUGGAUGCUAAAAUAACAAUCUAUCUGUAUCCAUCAACAGACAUCACUGAGACCGGUGAAGAAGUUAUGCAUCCCCAUAUUGUAGGUAUUCAAAGUCCAGAUCAGCGCUCUCUUCUGGCCAAACACAAUCCCCGCAGGCCUGUGUCUGUCGAAGGCCCGUUUCCACUGUGGCUCAGAAAGACUUGUGUUCAUUAUUACCUACUCAGGGCAGACCCUAUCCCGCCUGAGGAAAAGGUUGAGGAAGAGUUUGACCCUGAGAUGAUUGGUCCAGAGCAGAGUCUCUUCUACCCUCAGCGAGUGGAGCUCGACCUGGAAAGAGACAUGGGUGAUGAUUUCAGUUUUAUUGUGGAUGAUGUGGAAGAGGGGCCGGUUUACGCCAUGUGUAUGACCGGUCAAGGAGACCAGGCGACUCUGUCUCAGUGGAUUUCUGGUCUACAGGAGACCUGUCCCAUUUUAGGCCAGAUCCCUACAGUGUUCCGUCUGGAUUCUGGACCCAGAGAACUGCAAACCUCGUCGGGUGCUCAGCAAACCCCUGAGCAGGAGGUUGAAACAGAACAAAUUAUUGAGGAGGAGCUGCUACUCUCACAAAGAGUGAAACAGUGAGAGCCAUGCCAAUAGAUGUGCGUCUAAAGACGACGAAUUGUGUUUUACAUCAAUCUAACAUGAUGAACCUUAUAUUUAAUUUAGUUACCAGAUAAUGAUUUAUGUCUUGUCUAUUACACACUAUAUUUGAGUUGAGGUCUGUCUACAGUAUGCAGAGAUGCUCUAUGAUAUGAAUAUGCCAUAAAUGGAUUUGGCAGUGCAAUAAAACAUACAUUCAUCCAA